GCCCUGCGCCCAUUCUCCACCUCACCCUCCCUCUGCACCCUCACCCACUCCCUGCGUUUGCUUCACUCGCGACCCGGCUGUCGUUCGCCCUUCGUUCAUCGACCUCAGCCGUCGCCAUUCGCUCUUUUUGCAACCCAUUCACUCCUUAAUGUUCAGUGCUUAGGGUAGUUGACCUACAUUCCACCCGCCCCUGAGCAGUCAGCCUGGGGACGUCGACACAUUCCUUGCAACGCAGCCACUUGGAGGACGUCGAGCGUCAUUCUACGUCUUCACCUUGCUUCUUCGCAUUGACACCGUCUUUUCGGCAUUUCCAGCACCACCUGCAUUGCAUCGGCCAUCUUCCCAACAUGGCCCAUCAUCCCGGACGUUUGCACCACCCCGUGCUGCGACAGCUCGAGCGCGACCCGGAUGAGGAAGACACUUUCACAAAGGUUAAGGACCGUAACGGGGACGGCGUCAAGACGGUGGUUUCGGUGGUUAUCAAGACGAUGCCAAAGACCUUCGAAGGCGAUGCCGUCUGGGUGACCCAGCCGCCAAAGACACUCAUCGACCCAGCGGUUCGAGAACCCACUACGACUCGGCCUCCAGGUCCCGCAAAGCAAACUCCCAAGGGCGAAACCGACGAUGCCAUCGAAACAUCGUCCAGGAAAACCGCAUCGACGUUGAUGGUUGCGACCUCGUCACCCACUCUUGCAGGGACUCUUCUAGCGGCUACAAACACUGCCCUGCUGCCUUCAUCCACGUCCACAGGGGCUGCUCAGGCUGCUGAGUCUACCUCCGCCAGUAGUGGCAUGUCUGGCGGUGCCAAAGCCGGUCUGGCCCUCGGCAUUCUCGUCGCAAUUGGCGCGCUCCUUGUCGGUGUGCUGUUCCUUUACCGCCGCAAGAAGAACAAGGUCGCAGAGCAAAAAUCCAUCGACGACGAGAAGUCGGCCAUGCAAAAUGCCUUCCCACCACCCAUAGUCGAGCCUGCCCCUAGCAUCCGCACCCAACGGACCAUGUCUACCGCACCACGCCUCAGUCUUCGCCCCGUCACCCAGUUCUCGCCCACGUUCGCUGAAAACCGCAAGAGUGGAGGAAACCCAUUGCCAGUCGCUGCCGCUGCAGUUCCGGCCUCUCACGCCCAGGAUCAAGCACUCUCUCCUCAGCAACAGGGCAGUCCUUGGGAACGCCCCGGGGCUGCAAACGCCGCAGCAACUCCUCAGAAUCCCUUCAACGACCCGGUAUCCCGCUCGAAUACCCCUCCUCAGAAUCCCUUCGAAUCGAGCCCCAUCAGCGAUGUGCCUCAGGAAAGCCAUCCUUCUACUCCAUCGGCUGCUCCCCAACCCGACGCUCCCGCUGGACCUCCACCAGAUUUUCCCGAUCCAGCGCCGGCGAUAGUUGCUGCUACUGCAGCGGCUGCAGCUCCGGCCGUGGCUAUGGCGGCCACUGGCCAUCGGAAUGAUCUCCCGGCUCCUCCGCCCGUCAACGGCGGCAUGGUCCCUCCCAGCCCGGCGUGGACUGAUGACAUUCCGGCCUCCCCCGGCCCAGCACCCACAGGUCCUCCACCGAUCGCGGUGGCAGGUGGCUCCGCUCACGGCCCUGCCCCAGCUCCUCCCAACAAUGUCCACCGCGUCCAACUCGACUUCAAGCCAUCCAUGCAUGACGAACUUGAACUUCGUGCCGGCCAGUUGGUCCGCAUGCUGCACGAAUAUGACGACGGAUGGGCGCUCUGCAUUCGCAUGGACCGUUCGCAGCAAGGUGUUGUCCCUCGAACCUGCCUGUCCAAGCACCCCGUGAAGCCGCGCACUGGUCCGCCUCGUCAAGGCCCGCCAGGACCUCGUGCCCGUGGACCCCCUCUGGGCUCUCCAAUGGGUCCAGGAGGAGUUCCCGGACCCCUGACUCCCUCGAGCAGACCGAGCUCUCCUCACCCGCCAUCUCUCUCCCCGGCCAACGGUCGCAUGUCCCCCGCUCCACGCUCCAUGUCUCCAGGUCCGCGUAACAUGCCCCCCGGUCCUCGUUCCACAAGCCCCGGCCCUCGGAACAUGCCUCCUGGACCUCCGCGCUCCAUGAGCCCAGGGCCGCGUAACAUGCCCCCGAACAUGGUCGCUGGGCGUGCCAGAUCCAACAGCACCGCACCAUACGCCGGACCUCCUCGUUCCAUGUCCCCUGGCCCUUAUGGUGGUGGACCCCAGCACCACAUGCCACCUCCCCAGAUGGGACGCCCACGCUCAAACUCGGCCAGCCAGGUGAUGGCACGGCGCGCGUCUCCUCCCGGUCCCAGCCCCAUGAACCCUAAUGUCAACUUGUCAUCCAUCCCAGCUAGGAAGCCAGUGCCUGGUCAGGCUCUGUGAUGAAUCAGGGUGUGGUUUUGCUUGGACUAUCGUUGCCAAGUGCCUCCCGCUGAGCGAGAUUCUUUGACUGAACAUGUUCCCUUCUCUGACCAAAUCUUUUUCUAACCUGAUCUCUGGUUCCGCCAGGUGCAUCGUGGACUAGCCUUUCAGGCCAAGCUGAGCAAGCCCUGCCCUGGCGAGCUUGACGUCAGCAUCUUUUUGUUUAUAUCACAUGAAUCCCCAGCCUUUGGUUCUUCCCUCCUCGAAGAUGAACAAUGUUUCGCUGCGAGGAAUUUGACUUGUUUCGUUAAUGUGUUGAUGGAAUGGGUAUGUGGAGCUUGUCAUGGGUGGAAGAUUGGGCGGUUUCCUAGUCUGUAUGUGGAAGUGAUAUGGUGAUGUAUGUGCGUGGAGCGUUGUGUGCAGGUUUAUAGUUGACAGUUUGGGUCCUCA